AAUUCAAUCAUCCAUCUUCUUCACACUCUCCAUUCACUUCAAAAACAUAACCAUCCAAUAAUUUCUUUGGACAUUUUUCUUUCUUCUCUUUAUCUUUUUAAAUAAACCUUGACUAUGGCACGAGGGGGAGGAGGACUUGGAGGAGGACUUGGAGGAGGAUUUGGUACUGCUACCGGUGGCGGUUCUGGUGGCGGUUCUGGUGGCGGUUCUGGUGGCUAUUCUACCGGUAUCAUUUUCUUAAUUAUUGUCGCCGUUGUCCUCGUCCUAAUUAUCAUGGGCGUCGUUUUCUACUGGUGGUAUGUACGCAGAGUGAUACGCCGCAAGGAGAGUGAAAAGCAAGACGCUGAGGCUAAUGGCGCAAGUGAAUCUUGUGCUCAUCUAUAUCCCCGCCCUCAUUUUGAGCCAUAUCGUUAUACUCCUCCAGCACCAGCACCACCAACGUUACCACCAUCAACACCACUACCAAUAUCGAUGCCUUAUCCAGAUAUCCAUACGGAGCUUUCUCAACCUCCAAUAUAUCAGCCAUCUGCUUCUGAAGCAUUACCAACGCAAGGUAUCCCUUCUCAAUCGCCGUACCCAGUCCUGGAAAGUUCAGGUGCAAAUCCGGAGCUUUCUCCUUCAGCAGCUAUUCCGAACCCUACUGCUACUUUGCCAUAUCCGGCCUCCACUGUUCCAUUGGCAGCUACACCUGCCUAUGUAUAUCCCUCCAUGCCAGUUCCCCAACCCCAAAACCCUAUUUCUUAAAGUACUAGUAGCUGUAAGAAUGUCAUAUUUAGUAAAUGUAUAUUAG